AUGAGCUUGCGUGCUGGUGAAAAUGCCAUUGCGGGAAGUGGCGAAAUGUUUCUGGAAAAGGAUGAGGUUUUCGCUCGUGCUGAUUGCAAUGUCUACGACUUCCACACCAAGCGUCUGCACAACGCUCUACAAGCCUACCCAAUCAUCCGAAUCGGUCCCAACUGGCUGUCCUUUGGUCGAUCACAGGCCGCCAAGGACAUCUAUGGCUACACCUCCAAGAACGUCAAAGCCGGACCCUACGAUGUCAUGUCCGAGGGUGGUGCAAACCUGAACAACAUUAGCGAGAAGUCGAUUCACUCUGCUCGCAGGCGUACAGUGGCGUCUUCCUACGCACCGAAGAACAUCGAAGUGUGGGAGCCGAAGGUCGCUGCUUCGAUUCUGGACCUGAAGGCUCAAGUCGACAGACGUUGUGUUAAUAAGACGGUUUUCGACGGCGUUCAUUGGUUCUUCCUGUUCUCUGUCGAAGCCGUGAUCAAGAUCAUGCUGAGCAAGGAUAUGUACUUUCUACGGAAUGGGACGGAUCAUAUCUACUUCACGGAUGAGACUGGAAAGGAACGAGCUGUACGAUCGAUUGAUCGUUUCCAUGCGGUGCAGCGUGCGGCUUCGACUGUGAUUUGGGACACUGAGCACCUUGCAUAUUGGCAAAAACUCACGAAUACUUUCUCCACCAAGUAUGCGGACAACUGGCAAGCCGGCAAAGAUGCGAAUGCUGCGUUGGGUUCGCUGGUGAAGGAGAGGCUGCAACGCCAUGAGAAUGGAGAGGAGCUGAAUGAUCUCUUUCAGCCCCUCGUUGGAAACAUCAAGGGUGAAGACGCUGGUGUCUCGUUCAAAGACCAAGUUGCAGAGGUUGAACAGGCCGUGGGAGCUGGAACUGACGGACCAGCGGGCUCUAUCACCAUGACUAUGUACUAUCUGCUUCGAAACCGACACACCCUCGUCAAGCUGAGAGAAGAGCUUGACGCUGCCUUGAUAACAGAAGACACAGUGGCGCCCUGGGAAAAAGUCAAAAGCCUCCCCUACCUCCGAGCCUGCAUCGACGAAGCCCUCCGGCUAUCACCGCCCGUCGCUGCCAACUUGAUCCGCCGCACUCCACCGGGUACAUCCACAGUCAUCGACGGCGAAGUCAUCCCCCCAAACACCAACGUCUCCAUCUCAGCAUACACAGCCCAUCGGGACCCCACCGUGUUUGAAGAGCCAGAGCGAUACGAGCCCGAGCGAUGGCUAGCGAAGGGAUCUGAUCGACUGAAAGAGAUGUUGGCGGUGUUCAUUCCGUUCAGCGCUGGGACGAGAGGGUGUAUUGGUAGAAAUAUCUCGGCGUUGAUGCAGAUGACGUGUGUUGCGACUUUGGUGUUUUGGUAUGAGUUUGAGCUGGAGGAGGAGGGUUGGGAGAUGGAGUUUGAGGAGUGGUUUAAUCUGUGGCCGUUGAGGCUUCCGAUGAGGGCGAGGAGGAGGGAGGUAGUUUAG